GCCGUGUGCAAACGACCCGAGCAGGGAGCGUUUCUUCGGCAGGGUGCAGUUCCCAGUCGGAUCAGUUGUCUUCAACCAUUCAUCUUUGCCAGCAGGCAGCUGUAACAAGCCAUCCUAGUCAGCAUGAGCUUGGAUGACAAGAGCACCCAAACAGCUGCAGCUGACUGGAUCUUCUCUGAGGGAUCUGUCUGCAACUUUAUCAUCAAACGCCGACCAAAGACAUAUGGCAACAAGACCUUCAUCCAGCCCAAACCCACAACACCCAGUCCCAUACGGGAACACAAGAUCUUCAAGACCAAGAAUCUUCGGCAGGAACAGGAUAAGAAAAAAGAUGAUAAAACCUUGCAUUUGUCAGUGACUCUGAAGGAUAAUCCUGUUAAAAGUUCUUUACCUACCAAUGACAGCCAGUUGUUGAACCAGGUGAGCUACAGUUCUGAGAAGACCAAUGCAUCUUCCCAGGUUGACAGUGCUGAGCUCACUGCAAAGGUGGAUCAGGGCACAUCCACAACCAAGGCCAAACCGACCAGGCCUCACUGGUCAACUGAGCCAGGGUAUCCGAAAAUGCCGGUUCCACUGGCUGGCAACUCAAAUCCAUUCACCCCAAUCAUCAAGAAGGUCAACCGAGUGGCUGACUUUGUAAGUGAUAAUACAAGUGUGACUACAUCUGGGACUCAUCUUAUGACAGGACGUUCCAAAAUACCAGGACAAGCUUCUGAAAGUGUUUCCCCACAGUCAGAUACUGCUGCUGGUGCUGAUGCUGAUGCUGAUGAUCCUCCUGAAGAACCUGCAGAGGUUCAGGAUGAAGAACAGGAUGAUGCUGAAGAGGAAGAACCUCAGCCUGAAGCCAGUAUGCCUAAAAGGCGUGGACGACCAAGGAAAAAGAAGGGUGUGGGUGCCAAGAAAAAAUCCAAAAUAAAAAAAGUAGAAUCUGAUGAAGAAACCACAGAACAGACUCCUGGACGAAAAAUUUUGCCCAAGGUGCUGAAAUGUAAAAUUUGUUCAAGGAAGUUUUCGACUAAAAAGAAUCUGAAAAAUCAUUCCAAUGUUCACCUUGAUAAGAAACCCUUCAGAUGUGAUGCCUGUGGUGCUGAAUUUACUUUGAAGCUUAACGCUGGUGAUCCACACCCGGCGCCACACUGGCUACAAACCGUUCAAGUGUAACAGCUGUGAGAAGUCCUUCACAAGGUCCACGGACCUCACCAAGCAUGUGCGAUUCACACAGGAGAGAAGCCAUUUGAAUGUGAAAUAUGUCACAAGAAGUUCACCUUAAACAGUCAUUUGCGAGCUCACAAUUUCAUACACAAUGGCAAUAAGCCAUACAAAUGUGAGCAGUGUGGGGAAAC